AUGCAUUCCUCAACCAAAGGACAAGCAAAUUCUAGUCAACAAAAAGAAGUUUCAAAAGAAUGGAAACUCGAACCUGAGCACGAGUUUCGAUUUGAAAUAGAUUUUGGCACUACGGUGAAAUUAAAGUUGAUCUCUGGUACGGCGGAAAUAUUUGGUACAGAAAUUGGAAUAGGGCAUGAAUAUGAAUUUUCAGGUCGUAAAGUUGCAAUAUUUACUUGGCAUGGAGUAUGUAGUGUAGAAUAUGUUGCUAAUGAAACUCCAAUGACAAGUUAUCUUAAUAUGCAUAUUGCACUCGAACAAUGUAGAGAAGAGGCCAAGUCUAAGAGUGAUAAGGGACCACGGGUUAUGAUUGUAGGUCCUGAAGAUGUAGGAAAAACUUCAUUAUGCAAAUUAUUGCUUAGCUAUGCGCUACGUCACGGUAGACAGCCGAUAUUUGUUAAUCUUGAUAGCAACGAGGGUUCAAUUACAAUGCCAGGGACUUUGUCUGCGACACCAAUCAAUCAUAUCAUUGACGUAGAAGAAGGUUUUGGUUCAUCGGCAACAACCGCACCAUCGUUUAGCUCUUCAUAUAUGCCGAUGGUUUUUUAUUAUGGAUAUUCGGAUCCUAGUGAUAAUGUAAAAUUAUAUAAAGUAUUAACAAAAAAAUUAGCCUAUAACGUUUCGCGACGCUUGGUUGAAGAUGAAAUUGCUAAAGUUUCAGGAAUCGUGAUUGACACUAGUGGACUCAUUGACGGCACCGGGUAUGAGAUCAUACAACAUUGUGUGGAAGUAUUUGACGUAAACAUCAUAAUUGUACUUGGUCAUGAACGAUUAUAUAGUGAUAUGGCUAGAUUAUAUAAGGAGCGCCCUGGUGUUAAUGUAGUUAAAUUAUCAAAAUCAGGAGGGGUUAGAUCCUUAGCGCCUUCAUCUGCACUUCCGAUUGGAAUUGACAGAAAAGUCAGUGAAACUCAAUUAGUGAAAGUCGAACCAGAUGAUGAUACGUUAUUACAUUCUAUUUUGGCAAUUAGCUCUGCUAAUAAUUCAGAAGAACAUUCUUUACUUGAAUCAUCAAUCAUCGGAUUUAUUUAUGUAUCUAGUGUUGAUACUG